AUGGCUGGUGCACCUGCAACAACAAUGGCUGGUGCACCUGCAUCAACAAUGGCUGGUGCACCUGCAACAACAAUGGCAGGUGCACCUGCAACAACAAUGGCUGGUGCACCUGCUUCAACAAUGUCUGGCGCACCUGCUUCAACAAUGUCUGGCGCACCUGCAACAACAAUGGCUGGUGCACCUGCAACAACAAUGGCUGGUGCACCUACAACAACAAUGGCUGGUGCACCUGCAACAACAAUGGCUGGUGCACCUACAACAACAAUGGCUGGUGCACCUUCAACAACAAUGGCUGGUGCACCUGCAACAACAACGGCUGGUGCACCUGCAACAACUAUGGCUGGUGCACCUGCCUCCACAAUGUCUGGUGCACCUGCAACAACAAUGGCUGGUGCACCUGCAACGAACAACGGCUGGUGCACCUGCAACAACAAUGGCUGGUGCACCUGCAACAACUAUGGCUGGUGCACCUGCAACGACAAUGGCUGGUGCACCUGCAACAACAAUGGCUGGUGCACCGGCACAACUAUAGCUGGUGCACCUACAUCAACAAUGGCUGGUGCACCUGCAACGACUAUGGCUGGUGCACCUGCAACGACCAUGCCUGUUGCACCUGCAACAACAAUGGCUGGUGCACCUGCAACAACAAUGUCUGGUGCACCUGCAACUGACCCUGUCACCACCGAUAACGCAACGACUGUUGGGGCCACCGUUGGACCAGGAACGACCGGUGCAGCUACCAGCAGACCAGGUGCACCAAGUUCCACGGCACAGAGAACUACAAGACCAGUUACCACACAAAUGACCACUACACAAGCUGCUACGCCUGGCAAACCUACGACUAUUCUGGCUUUUGAAGUCGUUCUGAAUGGAAUGAGACCGGGUGCGUUAGACAACCAACAAUCGGCCGAAUAUAGGAACUUAACACGACAGUGCAUUGAGGCGCUGCAGCCAGUGUUCGAGGCCUUGACUGGCUUCAAAGUCGUUGUGGUCCUGUCAUUCCCACCAGGCACAGAUCUGACCGUGAAAUUUGCCACGAUCUUCGAGAGUGACACGGCCGCUCCGACUGAAGAGAUCACGGGUGUUGCUCAGAACUGGACGCAAAGUGGAGCCAUUGGCAACUACAGGGUGGAGCAGAAUUCAUUUUCUGCCUCCGCACUCACUUAUGAAGACAUCAGCAGUCUCGGAGUCUCGGCCCUCUGCCCGUCCGGCUGCGGACCUGACGCCAACUGCAGCGCCACGCAGACCAACGGCGUUUGGGGCGCUCAGUGCGUCUGCGCAGACAACUACUGCAAAAAUGGCGGACAUUGUGAGGUCAUCCCUGACGUUGGACUGAAAUGCAGCUGCUUGUCAGACACGCGCGGGUUCUACAGCGGCGCCCGGUGCGAGACGUUCGCGUCACAAACCGCCAUUAUCGGCGGGGCUGCAGGCGUGGGAGGCGCUCUGAUCAUCAUCAUCAUGGCGCUGGCAUCUUACGUCUGCUACAGCAGGAGGAACACUUCUGGUGCAAUGGCAAGUGUGAACACCAUGGCCUACAGCCGAGCCGACACGUCGUUCUGGAAGAACAACACACGACAGGGGUCCCUCUCCAGUCACCAGGCCAACUACCCCCUGUCAGACAUGUCCGCCUUCCACACCUUCACUGACGUGUACAACCCCAUCUACGUCAGCGAACCCAACUUCCCCAGCAAGUUCAGGAUACCUCGGCCUAAUGUUGACUUCCAGGCGUACGAUCAACCCAAGAGAUGGUCUCAGGUCUCACAGGAAUACUUCUAGCAAAGUCCAUCCGAGAGAUGUCCAGUGCUGUACUAGUGUUAGUAAUCUGCUACCUGUAAAUACUGAUGUAAAUAAACAGUGAUGUUGAUACCUGUGUAAGAUAAAACAGAAGUACAUGUAAUAUACAAAAAUGUCUUGAAGCCUGAAUAAGCUGUAGGCUCUGAUCUACACACUCUAAACACGGUGCUAAGAAUUAUCAUCAAUCAACUUCUAGCGAUAAUAUGUAAUUUUGGUAUAGUUUGGUGUUGUUUUUAAUGCUGUUUCAUUAUGAUGAUAUGGGUUUCUAUUUCUCUUAACUAUUAUUCAUUCGUGUUUGAAUAGCGUUACUUUUAAAUGUAUUCCAAGUCUUCGUUAAAGUCACUUUUUUUUUCAAAUAAAGAGUUAUUAUAAUUAUUUCUUUGUUUGCAUCAUGUUUAUUACAUUAGAAAUAUGUCUCGGCUCCGUUACCUAACCUAUUUUCGUGAGAUUCUGUACACAACAGCAGACAUAUCAUAUUACAUUUCCAUGAUGUUCAGUCAAGUGGAGCUGUGGUCCAUCGGGAAUCAGUUAUAACUAAAGGGACUGGCCUAAAGAUUCAUCAAUAAAUAGAUAAAAAUCUGGAAGAACAUAAGCGUAGCUCUCUUGAUACACUCUCUCGGUAGCUCUUUUAUCACAAUU